AUGGGUCAGGAGAACACCGAAACGAACCGGACCUUCUGCGUGCGCACGGCCAUCCCGACAGAGUGCAUCGAUGCACAGCUCGAGGCGUCCUCCUUCGCGUUCCAACUUCCUUACAAUUCCGAAGUCGGCUGUGCUGGUGCCUGCUUCAGUGUGGGUGCCCUGGCACUGCUGCGUUCGUCACAGCUUGCUGCGGACCCAAGCGGCGAUGCCUUUGACUUCAGCGUCCGGAAGCAGUUUGACAGCUGCCGGUGUGUUGGGAGGGGGGACUUGCGGCCCCAGGCAGACUCGGAAGUUGAAGGUCGUCGCUACUGCACGCGGGCGAUAGAAGUCUUCCAAGCUUUCAACGGAGUGGACUGCCGAAUCCAAGGAUGGAACCUCAUCGGCAGCGCAGUGCAGUGUGCCCGUGCUGCCAGGUUCCUGAGCUGGAACUGCACAAGUGACUGCGACGGAAACACGUCCGAUCUGACCCGACCAGCGGGCUGCUACGGAACGCAGCAGCUCGGCUUGGAGGUCAACCGGGUCGACCCCAACCUCGUGAGCGGGGUCAACGAGAGCCUGAGCCAGAUAUGCUUCCGCAACGCGAGGGAGAAGUUCAAGUUCUUUGACUCGGGGUCCUGUGUGGUUGAUGGAUGGAGCCUCAUCCAGUCCCCGGAGCAGUGCGCCAGGGCCGCCAACGUCUUAGGCUCCUUCUGCGCGCAGCAGGAGCCGAACUCAGCACGAUGUGUUGACAUUGGCUCCGCAAACAGCUCGCUUUCGUCAGGCUGUUUCGGAACAAUUGAGGACGGCUUCAGCUUCAAUCGUCUCACAGAUGUGGACCAUGGGCCACAGGGGGGCUUUGGAUACGCGUGCGUCAAAGCCACGGAGAGCGAAGACUAUCUUUUCAAGGAAGCUUGUGCCAUUGGCCAAGCGCCAAGUAACAGCAGCUUCAUCUUCGAGCGGAACCUCAGGCCCGAGGAUUGUGGCAUCGCAUGCACAGCAGCUGGCGGCGUGGCAUACGACCUUGAGCCAGGCAGCAGCGGGAGCUCUGACAGCUGUCGCUGCAUUGACGUGGAGGAUGCUCGAAGUCCAAGCGACGAUGACGCUGGUCGACUCUACUGUGCUCCAACGCCUCCAGUCUCAACUAGCUGCGUGGCAGGGACACGCCAAGGAGCUCCGACCAUUUUUGAAACGACUUGGAGCGAUGAGGAGGCCUGUGCGGCCACCUGCUGGGCCGCAGGCGGCGCGGAUGCCCGCGCGGGACUCGUGGGCUUUGACGUGGACUCAAACCCGGCUGCGGGCACUUGCGCUUGCAUUUACACGAGUCAGGCUGUCUCUUCCAGCUCCUCGGCCACCCGCCGCUCCUGCACCUACGAUGUCCCUGGCCUUUUGGCCUUGAUUGAAGGGGGCUCAACCCGACGCCCACUGUCCCAGCCAACCAAGGCAAAGCCCAAGCCAAAGCCCUCUCCGUCCUCUGGGCGCCCCGUGUCCCUCCUCGAGUACGGGAACGCCUCGAACGCCUCCCAAGUCCAUCGAGUUUGCGCUGCAGGUGAGGCGCAGCCUGGAGCGGUCUUUCUCUUCCAGCGAGACCUUCCCGAGGAGGUGGGCUGUGCCAUGGCGUGCUUUGCCAUCGGUGGUGUGGCUUUCGACUACACGCUCACUUCGCAGGCGAACAGCUGCCGAUGCAUGGCUGCAGAGGGCGCAAGUGGCCCGCAAUCACAGGGAAAUGAUGGUCGAGUCUAUUGCGCCCGUCCCGUGUCGUUCAGCUGUCAAGAAGCUGGGCAAGUGCCACAGGAGAUCUACUCCAACAUCCUCACCGAUGCCUUCACCGACCUAAACGCCUGCGCGGCUUUUUGCUUUGUCGCAGGAGGUGUGGAUGCGCAUGCAGGCCGCGUGAUUUUUGAUCAUACGCCUCAGGGCGCAGAGAACUGUCGGUGCGUGAUACCUGGUGCUGCAGCACCACGACCCGACGGUGGACCACAAGGUCGGCGCUUGUGCAGACUCAACGACGUGGACUCUCCGCUUUGUAGCCCACAUGGAUGUAGCGUCGGCUACUCCUCCGAAAGCGGUGAGAUGAUCUUCGGCCGGGGCUCGGAUGUCUCCUUCCAGCCGAGGUUCUUCCUCCGAUCGCCAGCAGGGGUCGUCAAAGACGGCACCUGCAUCUACAAGGGAGACCGAUUCGUCCUGGCAGCAUCCGGGGAUCCCGCGCUGACCACGGACUGCGGCCUGUACGGGUGCCGGGUGGCGACUGUCAACGACACUGACAUGGCGUUUGUGUCUGGAGGGGCGAGGCCAACAACGUUCUACUGGAGGCCGCUUCUCUCAGAGUCGGGCGCUUACGACGACGAGUUGAGAGACACGCUGCUGUAA